CCCGGCAUCCCUCGCUCGGCUGCUGGGCUCGGCUGCGCUCGGUCGGCGGCUCCGCGCUGCUCUCGCCAUGGCCGCCUACAGCAAGUUCCUCACCGCGCGGCACUCCGCCAUCGCCGGGGCCGCCGCCACCUGCGCGCUGCUCUGCCUGCUCAGCAAGCGGCGGGCGGCCGCGCAGCACGGUAAAAGAAGUGGAAAGCAAGCUUUGCAGAAUAAUGAGCAGAAGGAGGGAAAGAAGGAGCGAGCGAUGGUGGACAGAGUGUUUAUUGCACGAAUAUGUCGAAUCCUGAAAAUAAUGGUCCCUAGAACACUGUGCAAAGAGACAGGUUAUUUGCUGCUUAUUGCUGUGAUGCUGGUAGUCCGAACUUACUGUGACAUUUGGAUGAUUCAAAAUGGAACAGUCAUUGAAAGUGCUAUCAUUGGCCGCAGCAGAAAAGAUUUCAAGAAAUACUUGUUCAACUUCAUUGCUGCAAUGCCUGCUAUCUCUUUAGUGAAUAACUUCCUGAAGUAUGGUCUAAAUGAACUGAAGCUCUGCUUCCGAGUAAGACUUACCAGAUACCUCUAUGAAGAAUAUCUUAAAACUUAUACAUACUACAAAAUGGGAAAUCUGGACAACAGAAUAGCCAAUCCAGAUCAACUCCUUACACAGGAUGUGGAAAAAUUCUGUAAUAGUGUAGUGGACCUGUACUCAAACCUUAGCAAGCCCUUCUUGGAUAUAGUUUUGUACAUCUUCAAGCUAACAAGUGCAAUAGGAGCACAGGGUCCAGCUAGCAUGAUGGCGUACUUGAUUAUUUCAGGGUUUUUCCUUACACGUUUAAGGAGGCCAAUUGGCAAGAUGACUAUUAUAGAACAGAAGUAUGAAGGGGAGUACAGAUAUGUCAACUCACGGCUCAUUACAAACAGUGAGGAAAUUGCUUUUUAUAAUGGAAACUUGAGAGAAAAACAGACUAUUCACAAGACUUUCCGUAAGCUGGUGGAACACUUGCAUAAUUUUAUCCUGUUCCGAUUCUCUAUGGGUUUCAUUGAUACUAUCAUUGCCAAAUACCUUGCCACUGUGGUUGGCUACCUGGUUGUUAGUCGUCCAUUUUUGAACCUGUCUGAUCCCCGCCAUCAGAAUAGCACUCAUGCAGAACUUUUGGAGGAUUACUACCAAAGUGGAAGAAUGCUACUGAGAAUGUCUCAAGCUCUGGGCAGAAUAGUCCUAGCAGGCCGUGAAAUGACAAGAUUGGCUGGUUUCACAGCUCGAAUCACGGAAUUAAUGCAGGUUCUCAAGGACUUGAACAGUGGCAAAUAUCAGCGUACAAUGAUAUCACAAGAAAAAGAUGGAGAUAAAAAGCAGCCUUUGUCUUUGAUACCUGGAUCUGGAGAAAUUAUCAACAGUGAUAACCUUAUCAAGUUUGAUCAUGUUCCAUUGGUGACACCUAAUGGAGAUGUUUUGAUUGAAGACCUUAACUUUGAGGUUCGAUCUGGUGCAAAUGUGCUGAUUUGUGGGCCAAAUGGGUGUGGGAAGAGCUCCCUGUUCCGUGUUCUUGGUGAGUUGUGGCCAUUGUUUGGUGGACGUUUAACAAAACCUGUGAGAGGGAAGUUGUUCUAUGUUCCUCAGAGACCAUACAUGACUCUUGGAACACUCAGAGAUCAAGUUAUAUAUCCAGAUACUUUGGAAGAUCAGAAAAAGAAAGGGAUUUCUGACCAGGUGCUGAAGGAGUACUUGGAUAAUGUCCAGCUGGGUCCAAUCUUGGAACGUGAAGGAGGCUGGGACAGUGUUCAGGACUGGAUGGAUGUACUCAGCGGGGGAGAAAAACAGAGAAUGGCAAUGGCAAGGCUGUUCUAUCAUAAGCCCCAGUUUGCAAUUCUGGAUGAGUGCACCAGUGCUGUUAGUGUGGAUGUAGAGGGCUACAUUUACAGCCACUGCCGAAAGGUUGGCAUCACUCUCUUCACUGUUUCUCACAGGAAGUCACUCUGGAAACAUCAUGAUUUCUACUUGCAUAUGGACGGCCGAGGAAACUAUGAGUUCAAGAAAAUAACUGAAGACACAGUUGAAUUUGGAUCUUAAAGUCAUGAACUGAACUGCUAGAAAUUGAUGAUUACAGGAAAUGUGUAGAAUGUCAGACAAUGUACCAUAAAAUUACUCAGCUUGUUAAACAUUUACUAUUAUGUAGGAUAUUGCUAAUUGUGUAUAUGUUGGUGUAAUUAUUGAUACGUACUAAGAAUGUCCUUAUUCUUGUGGUUUAAAAACCUGCCUAAAUUAAAUUGGGCUUAAAUUAGUGUAACCUGAUUCAUCCUGGGAUGCAAACCAUUUGAAAUCGGCUGAUUUGACUUUUGUAGACCUUCUUUCCCUUCGGUGAAAAGCCCUGUUAAAAUUAGGGUUGCUACCUCUCUUGUUCCUGCAAAGCAGUCUUGGAUUUUUGCUCUGUUCUAUGCAUGUUUCAGAGAGAUCUCGCAUGGUGCAGGACAUUGUCCCAUCCUCAGAUCUGUGCCCUGUUCAAUGAAAGAGCCUUUUCCGUGUCCAAGCCUUGUGAUGUAGCCAAUGUGCCCUUGCUGAAAAAGGAUGAACUGAAACUAAAAGACAAAACUAAUUCCUUCUGGUGUUUAAAAAAAAUUACAGUUGUUCUUUGCUGGGAUUUGGAUUUGUCUUUGACAUCUGUCUGUCCAUGCAGUUCCCUCUGCAGCUCAGCUCUCAUUCUCUCCCAAUUUAGCAAAAGCUUCCUCUGUCUCCCAGCCCAACUAUCCUUUUUCUGACAAAGAAAUAUUGUGGUAAUGAAGAGUUGAGAGGAGGUUGAGGGAGGAAAGGACUGACCCACAAGAAAAAACGGGAGGGAAAGAAAAGUGACGAUCCUUGUAUCAAAGAAGCUUGUGAAUGUUUUUAGCUCUGAAGAAACGAAUGACUCCCACAAGAGGGAACAGAGAAAAGAA